GUGUUAACAGAAGGAAGAAAGAACUGGAAGUGGUAGCAGUAGACAUUUUCAAUAUUUUGCACAGUAAUUUUGGAUUUUAUAUAUCUUUAUCGAGGCAUGACAAAUUAAUCGUUGCUUUAAUCAAUUAUUUUAAACAAAACCAAACAUGACGGAGGACAUGUCAGGAGCAGACAUCUGUAGGGUAUGCAGGUCUGAAGGCCUUGCAGACAGGCCUCUUUUUCAUCCUUGCAUUUGCACAGGCAGUAUUAAAUGGAUACAUCAAGAAUGUUUAGUACAAUGGAUGCGAUAUUCUCGUAAAGAAUAUUGUGAACUUUGUGGAUAUCGUUUUUCUUUUACACCAAUUUAUAGUCCAGAUAUGCCACGUCGUUUACCAUUAAGGGAUGUUAUUGGAGGAUUAUUUUCCAAUAUUGUAACAGCAGUAAAAUAUUGGUUGCACUAUACUCUGGUUGCAAUAGCAUGGCUAGGAGUUGUUCCAUUAACAGCUUGUCGAACUUAUAGGGCAUUGUUUAGUGGACCUCUUGAUCUAGUUCGAAUAAUGUCAUUACCAAUGGAUAUGUUGUCUGCUGAAAAUAUAUCAUCAGAUGUAUUUCACGGAUGCUUUGUAGUGACGUGUACUUUGUUUGCAUUUAUUGGUCUAGUGUGGUUAAGGGAACAAAUUUUACAUGCUGGUGGACCAGAUUGGCUCGACCGAGAUAAUGUACAAUUACCUCCCGUUGAUAAUCCACCACCCAAUGCAGAAAUACCAAUACAACAAUUCCAAGAGCAAAGAGCUCUUCAACAACAAGAAAUUCAAGAUAAUAAUAAUGUACCACCCUUUAUUGAUGAACCACCAAUCUUACCAGAACAUUCAAAUAACGAUAAUUUGGAAAAUGCAGAAGAACAUUGGGCAGAGGAGAAUAAUUUGGCAAAUAAUCAGAGAAUGGAUGAAGUUGAAGGAAUUGGUAGAGAUGUUGAGCAACAUGUUGCUCCCAGAAAUGUAGAUCAAGAAAUAGAACAACUUGUUAGAAAUUUAGAACCACCUGUGGUAAUUCCUCGAAAUAUAGAACCAUUAAUACCACCUAGAGAUGCAGAACAACCUGCAGUGCCUAGAGACGAAUUGGGUGUAAAUGGUGAACAAGCAAAUGCAAGAGGUGGUGAAGGAUGGAGAGAUCAGGCUCAAGGUCAAGCACAAGGAGAAGACGAAGAAGCAAACUGGAAUCCAUUGGAAUGGGAUAGACCUGCAGAAGAAUUAACUUGGGAACGUCUUUUAGGCUUAGAUGGAUCCCUUGUUUUUCUUGAACAUGUAUUCUGGGUCGUUUCGUUAAAUACGCUGUUUAUUAUGGUUUUUGCCUUCUAUCCAUAUUAUGUCGGUAGUUUUAUAAUAGCAUUGUUAGAUUUACAAGAAUAUGCAGCUGCUUCACAUUUUGAGGGAUUAGUAACUACAUUGUGUGGUUAUUGCGUUACUGGAGUAGGAUUAGUAGUCCUUCAUACAUUAGCGGCACCUUUAGGUUUUCAAAGAUCUCAACGGCUAUUAGGUUUAUGUUAUGUUAUAGUAAAGGUUUCUUUACUAUCAGUCGUUGAGAUAGGAGUACUUCCUUUGGUUUGUGGUUGGUGGUUAGAUAUUUGUUCAUUAGCAAUGUUUGACGCUACACUUCGAGAUAGAGAAUCUUCGUUUAAACUAGCUCCUGGUACUUCAAUGUUUCUACAUUGGUUGGUGGGAAUGAUUUAUAUAUAUUAUUUUGCUUCGUUCAUUUUGUUACUACGAGAAGUAUUACGGCCAGGAGUACUUUGGUUCUUAAGAAAUUUAAAUGAUCCUGAUUUUUCUCCUAUCCAAGAAAUGAUACAUCUUCCAAUCUUAAGACACGUUAGAAGACUUGUAGCAUCUGCAGUAAUAUUUGGAACUGCUAUUUUAUUAAUGCUAUGGUUACCUGUGAAACUUUUAAGAUGGGCAUGGCCGGGAUUUUUACCAUACACCGUGACUAUUCAAAGCGAAGCUCAGAUUAGCGAAUUAUCUUUGGAACUGUUAUUAUUGCAAGUCAUUCUUCCUGCAUUAUUGGAGCAAUCUCAUACGCGUACAUGGUUAAAAGCUCUAAUAAGAGGCUGGUGUCGAGUUGUAGCUUGGAUGCUAGAUCUUCAAUCAUAUCUUUUAAGAGAACAAACUGAAGAUCCUGGACCGGCAGUAAUCGAAGAACCGCAACAUCCUGAUUUAGGAGCGGCUCAUCAAGCACUGUUACAAAGAGGAGGACCGACAGGUUUUCAACCAUAUAUCAGGCCACGCUGGUUUCCCGCUCGUCUAGUUGGUCUUUUAUUUUGUGUUUGCGUUUCUCUUGUUAUCGCUAGUUUAAUUGCCAUGAUUCUUCCUGUUUGGCUUGGACGCAGAGUAAUGGCAUUGUGGAUGGUCGGAGCUCCGGCUCCGUCUCCACCUGUAUUACCACCUACCUUAAGUGGAUCUGAUAAUAACGAAGCUGCAGUUGCUUUAUCUGGACGAGUGCAUGAACUAUAUACCAUAGCUUGUGGAAUGUACGUAUGUUGGGCAGCAGCAAGAGGACUAGCUUUAGCAUUUUCUUGGUUACCUCGUGGUCGAAGGGCUCUUAUAGAUAGAAUAAAACAUUGGGCAAUUAUAGGUGUAAAAGCAUCAGUAGCAUUUUUCCUACUUAUUGGCCUAAUACCACUUUUAUUUGGUCUUCUUCUUGAACUAGUCGUUGUAGUACCAUUACGUGUACCAUUAGAACAAAAUGCUAUUUUAUUCAUCUGGCAAGAUUGGGCCCUCGGUGUGUUAUAUACGAAAAUAGCAACCGCUAUUAUAAUGAUGGGACCCGAUUGGAGAAUUCGUCUUGCAAUUGAACGGGCAUACAACGAUGGUAUUAGAGAAAUAGAUUUAAAAUUCAUCGUUACGGAAUUAGCAGCACCAGUGAUAUGUUGUUUCGGUCUUGCUUUGGCUGUUCCUUAUGCCGUAGCUUAUGGAAUAGUCCCACUUUUGAUCACGAAUUUACAAACGCAAAUUCUUAUCGCUAGACAUUUAUAUCCUUUCCUUUUAUUAGUACACGUGGUAUGUAUUGUUAUAUACUUUCAAAUUCGACAGUUUAAAAAGCUUUACGAACAUAUAAAAAAUGACAAAUAUCUUGUGGGACAAAGACUCGUAAAUUACGAACAUCAAAAUAAAUCUCAACCGUAACAACAGUAACAAUUACAUGCAUUAUGUUAAUAUAUUUAUAGUAUAAUUUCUUUUCGACGAUAACGCGAAUUUGAUAAAAGAUUCUUUAAUCUACAUUCUUUAUCACACUUGAUUUUAAACAAAUGCUAAUUUACAUUAAUAAUUUACAUUAAUACUUUAAUUUUUAGUAUUAUAAUUUAGUAUAGGCGAUACGAAAUAAAUUAAAAAGACUGUUACAUAAUGUAUCGCUUUUUCAGUUUAUUACAAAUAUAUAUAUAUAUAUACAUUAUAGAUUGUCGAUAUUUUUGAUCUAAACUAAAAAAAUUCUAUUGUUUAAAAAAAAACAAUGACAAAAACAAUAUUUUGCUAACUAAUUAUAUUAUUUUUCAAAACUCAAGAUUCAUAAUUACACUUUUAUUAUUGAUCGAAUAAACUAUUAUUUCAAACAUUAAAUUGAAAUUUUCAAC